AUGAUAUCGUUGAUAGAAGAUUGUAUUUAUCAAGUUUUACAAUGGCUUAAGGAAGAUAGGGAAACAUUAUUUAAUUGUCUGUUCGUUAAUAGUUUUUUUUGUAAAAAUUUCGUACCCUUACUUUAUUCUAAUCCAUUUGGUCAAGAAUUAAAAUAUAUAAACGAAUAUUUUUUAAUCAGUACAUUUUUGAAAUGUCUUGAUGCGGAAGAAAAAAAUUACUUACGACAGGUUAACAUUAACUUAACAGAUGAAAAUGAAAUAACCCUUUUUGAAUAUGAAACAUAUUUGGAAAAGUUAUCAAUUAACGAUUUAACGGAUACAAUAAGAAUUUGGCUUAUGUUUCUAAUAAAUGAUGAUGAAGUUUUUGUUGGUGAUAAAACAUCAAGAUAUUCAAGACAAUUUGGAACUAGAAGUAUUGAUGAUAAAGAAACAAAGUUAAUGGUACAAGCAACACUUUUUCACAUGUUUACAAGAAAAAGUCGUAAAAUAAAAUCCUUGGAAAUAAAACCAAUCAUAUUCAACUCCAAAUUCCUAAAUAAAAGAUUCUUUAAUGAAAUUUCAAGAAAUUUAUCAACCUUAAAAGAUUUAAAACUUUGUUUGUUCACCGGAUAUUUUGAAAAGAUACGAGAACCUUCGUUGCUCGAAUUUUUAAAUACCAUAGCAAAAAAUUGUACUUACAUUACAGAGUUAGGGGUUAUCAUUGACGAAAAAUUUGAUAAUUGUAAAUUCCACUCUUAUAUUAUCAACAUCAUUAAUAAUCAAAAGAAACUCUUAAAAUUUACCUUAUCUGAACCGAGGUACAUUGGGUCAAAUAUAGUUUUAAAUAUAGUUUUAUCAUUGGAAUCACAAAGAGAUUCUUUAAAGUCAAUUCAGUUAGAUUUCGUUCAUUUAUGUCAUGAUCAUAUCUCAGUUUUGGCAAAUUGCUCGAAUUUAAAAAAUUUAAGGCUUUAUUACUGUGGCGGCAUGACCUUGGAUCAUUGUAACUUAAUUUUGGAUAAAUCUGUUUGUAAAGUAGAAAAGUUAACCAUGACGAGAAAUAGAUGGUCAAAAGAUAUCACAGCUUCUAUUAUUAGUACCCUUGGAAGGUCUUUGAAGAGAUUAUCAUUUGAUCAAAUAUCAUCCGAAACUUUGGAAUCUAUAAUUUCUUAUUGUCCAAAUUUGAAAGUCUUGGAAGUUCAAUUCGGGAAGUUCGAUUAUCUCUUAUUAAAAAGAAUGAAUAUUGAUCAUCUUAUUAUUCAUCCAAUUUUUGAUUUGUCUUUAGAUUUUAAAGAACUUUUACAAGAUUUAGGUAGUAGUUUACCUAUUACCAUUAAACACUUUACUUUUAUCACUCAUAAUUCUUUAUCUUCGGAUAAUUUGAAAACCUUCUUAUCUAAUAUUAAUUCUUGUUUGAAGAGAAGUUUAAAAUUUUUGGGCAUCAAGAAACUUAUUCCAUUAGAAAGCACCAUGUACUUUCUGGAUGAUGAAUUAAUUAAUAAUAUUAGAAAUCUUGGCGUAAAAAUCUUUUUUCUUGAAAAAAAUUACGAAUCUGAUGAUGAAUUUUAUAAUUUGGUGGCCUAG